AGUCUCGGGCUGUCCGGCCAGGGUGGUUGGUGGUGAGGAUUCAGGCUCCGACCCGACGAGGCCGUGGCCUGAGGCUCAGGGCGCCCCAGCCCCUCCCUCCCAGCCCACCAGCGUCCACCCCCAGCUCCGAGCUGGACCGCACACCUUGGGACACGGUGUUCCACUUCCUGAGGACGAGCCCCAGGCUGGAGGACAGGUCCGAGGAGGUGAGCGUGGGACUCUUCGCGAGGACGCCGGCGGCGGGCCCCGGGGAGGCGGCCGAGGCGGCGGCGGCCGGGGGCGACAUGGCGGAGGAGCAGGACCUCUCCGAGGUGGAGCUGAGCCCCGUGGGCUCCGAGGAGCCCCGCUGCCUGUCCCCGGGCAGCGCGCCCUCGCUGGGACCCGACGGCGGCGGCGGGGGAGCGGGCCUGCGAGCCAGCCCGGGGCCGGGAGAGCUGGGCAAGGUCAAGAAGGAGCAGCAGGACGGCGAGGCGGACGACGACAAGUUCCCCGUGUGCAUCCGCGAGGCCGUCAGCCAGGUGCUGAGCGGCUACGACUGGACGCUGGUGCCCAUGCCCGUGCGCGUCAACGGCGCCAGCAAGAGCAAGCCGCACGUCAAGCGGCCCAUGAACGCCUUCAUGGUGUGGGCGCAGGCGGCGCGCAGGAAGCUGGCCGACCAGUACCCGCACCUGCACAACGCCGAGCUCAGCAAGACGCUGGGCAAGCUCUGGAGGCUGCUGAAUGAGAGUGACAAGCGCCCCUUCAUCGAGGAGGCCGAGCGGCUCCGGAUGCAGCACAAGAAGGACCACCCGGACUACAAGUACCAGCCGAGGAGACGGAAGAACGGGAAGGCGGCGCAGGGGGAGUCAGAGUGCCCCGGCGGGGAGGCCGAGCAGGGCGGGGCGGCCGCCAUCCAGGCCCACUACAAGAGCGCCCACCUGGACCACCGGCACCCGGGAGAGGGCUCUCCGAUGUCGGACGGGAACCCUGAGCACCCCUCAGGCCAGAGCCAUGGCCCCCCCACCCCUCCGACCACCCCAAAGACAGAGCUGCAGUCGGGGAAGGCAGACCCCAAGCGGGACGGGCGCUCCAUGGGGGAGGGCGGAAAGCCUCACAUCGACUUCGGCAACGUAGACAUCGGGGAGAUCAGCCACGAGGUAAUGUCCAACAUGGAAACCUUCGAUGUGGCUGAGUUGGACCAGUAUCUGCCACCCAACGGGCACCCGGGCCACGUGGGCAGCUACUCAGCAGCUGGCUAUGGGCUGGGCAGCGCCCUGGCUGUGGCCAGUGGACACUCCGCCUGGAUCUCCAAGCCGCCAGGCGUGGCUCUGCCCACGGUCUCGCCACCUGGUGUGGAUACCAAAGCCCAGGUGAAGACGGAGACCGCAGGGCCCCAGGGGCCCCCGCACUACAGCGACCAGCCGUCCACCUCGCAGAUCGCCUACACCUCCCUCAGCCUGCCCCACUACGGCUCCGCCUUCCCCUCCAUCUCCCGCCCCCAGUUUGACUACUCUGACCAUCAGCCCUCAGGACCCUACUACGGCCAUUCAGGCCAGGCCUCUGGCCUCUACUCGGCCUUCUCCUACAUGGGGCCCUCACAGCGGCCCCUCUACACGGCCAUCUCUGAUCCCAGCCCCUCAGGGCCCCAAUCCCACAGCCCCACACACUGGGAGCAGCCAGUAUAUACGACGCUGUCCCGACCUUAAAGGGGCCCUGUCACAUCCCCCCAGCCCCUGGCUAGUAUGCCCUUCCCAAGCCCUCGCACCCAGUUCCUGGCCCAUCUUUGUCCUGGUGGUGGCUGGGGAGGAGGCGGCAGAGGCUGACAGCUGAGGGGAGGCUUUCUGUCGGGCUCACUGCCUUUGAUGACCCCACCCCAUCCUGUCCAGGCUCAGCCCAGGCAAAGCCCUAGACUUCUAGGCUGGGCAGAGGAGGAGGAGGUUGGUUUUUGCCCCUAGACUGGACCAUGAGGGGCUGCACCUUCCCCCCAGGAUGACCCUCCAUCCCAGGACCUGAGAAGGACCCGCUCACCCUCUGGGAGGGGGAAGCACCCAGGGUCGGAUGGGAAUCAGAGGCCUUGCCAUUCCUGUGACUGUGUUUCCUCUUUCGUGGAGAACGAGAGGUCUGACAUAACCCAUGCCACCUGUGCCACGUGCCUAAGGUCAAGGCCAUCCCUGCAUCAGUGCCUGGAGUGGGCUAUGUCUGCCCCUUGGGGGCUGGGGACAGCUUUGAACAGCCUCUGAGAGUGUGGAGGUGGGUGGGGGCUCAGUGGGAGGUAUCCCCGCCAGUCCCCCCUUCCCUCCUGAACACAGAAAGGAAUCAACUUAGAGACCCCAGAUCCAGUUCUAUGCCAACAGCCUGAUUUUUCGUCUAAUCCGAAAGAGGGCCCUAGGGCCUCCUCCACUACAGCCUCCCAGACCUUGAGGCACAUCCCGAAGGUGAGGAAAGGAUUGGAGACAAUGCACAGAGCCUUCCUCCUGGCUCUCCGCCAGCUCCCUCCCCUCACCAGGCUCUCGGCCCCUGCUCUCGGCCCCACUCCUGGGCUCCCUGAGAGCUAUGCUGCUCGUGCCCAAACCCUUGGCUCCAGGAGGACAAGGGGCCCAGCACCAGGUUGCUAGCAGCAGCUGAAGACACUAAACUCCUGCCAUGUACAUUCUGCCCUGGCCUCUGCCCUUUGCUUCCCAGUGGUAUCUGAAUAAAGUAUGUAGCUCUGUCUGCCCCUAUGUUCCUGUUCUGCAGCCCCCACAAUCCACAUGUAACUCAUUACUACCCCCUCUUAUUUAUCUCAGUAGCUCCUCCUCCCCUCCCCCCGCUCCUAGGUUCUCCAGCUCCUAUUAACUCUGCAUUAAGUAUUCCCCGUAAUAAAAGUAAAGGUUCCAGCUACCUGCUUGGUGGGCCUGACCCGGCCUGUCUCUUGGUCUCUUCUCCCUGCACCUGUGCUUCCUCACACUUCCUGGAAGUAGCUAGGGGUGGAAUGCAAAGGACAGCUAACCCAAAGGUCUCCUCUCUGCCUAGAAAGAGGGGGCCUCGCAGUGGGUCAGUGUGCUCAGGGGCUGGGGCCUCAGAUGGGAGCUCUUCCCCCCGGCCAGCUGUGCCCACCCUACAGAUGGGCCCCUCCCUGGCUCAAGCUGGAACUCAGCCCAAGCGCCUUCCCAGCAGCCCCUCUGCUUGCCCAGCAGAGGAGAGGGAGCUUGCAUAGAAUUCAAGAGACAGGUACUUGAGAGGUGGGCCAGGCCUGAUUUCCUGGUGUCUGGCUGCCCAGUCCUUUAGGAUGUGAUGCUGGGCCUUCUCUCUGCGCGCGCACACACACACACACACACACCCGCAUAUACACACACACAAACACACACUGGCCCAAUCCAGGAUCUAGCCAACCUUCACGGCAGCUGCCUGUGUCUGAGUGUAAAGCCAGGAUGGCAGACGUGCAAUCGAACCCUUCAGUGCUUCCUCCUCAGCUGAAUUCCAAGCUGUGCUGGGGCAGGAGCCACUCCACCUCAGGAGCAGGGGAAACCCUUUCACCACAUGCUCCACUGAUGGCUGGCUCCAAUGGCUGAAGUCUUCCUUAUUCCCAGCUAAUAAAUACAGUAAUAGCUACCUACUACUUACGGAGUGCUCCCUGGCCAAGUGCUUUAUGCCAUUCAAGCCUAUGAGGGAGGAGAUCCAGUCUUUGUCCCCAUUUUCCAGAUGGGCAAACUGAAGCUUUGAGGUUCAUGCUAAGAAGUGCUGAUGCUCUGACUCCCUCAUUGCGCUCUUAACUGUCAUCUCUUCCAUCUGCCCAGCAUCUACAGGCCCUGCUUCCACUUUUAAUCUGAAGUGAUGCUUUUUCCACUGCUCCAGACCGGCCACCUCAGCUCCCUUAUCCACCUCUCACCUCCUAGUGAGGACCUGGGGUGGGGUGGGGUGGGUAGGGGUGGGGUAGAGCAUGCCAAGACCUAGCCCAGUCCUCCAGGGUGGCCAGACUCCCACCCGGAAACUGCAUCAUGUGAGCUCUUAGGCAACCUCACCAAAACUGCUGGCUCCGUGAAGCUUGGUAGCUGCGAACCCCUGUUCUCAUGAACAGUAUCUGCUGCCAAGUCAGAUCGCCCCAAACUGUAUGUGAGAUGUCUCCUGGUGUUCUGUUGUUGUAGAUAAAAGCAGGAUUUUAUACUGAUCUUUAACAGAUUUCAUCUUGUUGGAAUUGACCAUUUCCCACCUACAUUAAACCUUUUGGAAUCCUGAAUACAA